GCAAUCUCAAGAUCGACAACGACAACAACAACAACAACAGAAGAAAAGUAAAAUGCGCUACACGACGUACACCACCACUGCCGCCCUCGCCCUCGGCAGCACCGCCGCCUACAGCCCCGACUCAUGGACCUUCGGAUACGGCUUCUACAUGGGCCCCCCCUGCCUUCUCAGUAUUGUUGAGAUAAGGCGAGAAGUGGGCUGUUCGGCUGGUGCGGAGGAGUGGUGCGUGGCUGCUACCGGCCAAGUUGCGCAGCCGUACGUCCCCGUGGCGAAGGGUGCGCCGGUGGAUUUCGAGAUCACCGUCCAACCCACCCAGAACCAGAACCAGAACCAGAACCAGAACCUAGUCCACCAAUCCGUCCGCGUCGACGGCAUCCUCGUCUCCCAGCAGACCGACCCCCUCUCCAACCCCCUGCAGUACCUCUACUCCGCCGACGAAUGCUACACCGGCUCCGGCACCUGCGGCUCGUUGCCGGGUUAUAGCUGGAUCAACAUCACCAUCGUCCUCAGCGAGGCAGAUCCGCAGUUCGGGCAGACGUUGUCUUUGGUUGGCUCGACGAGUAGUCCUCGGGGCCUCUUGACGGCGGAUGGGGGCAGCACGUGGCAUGCGGAGGCGGUGGUGAUUCCCGUGGAUGAUUUGACGGCUAAGCAUUAGGGGGGUUUCUUUCUUUCUUCUGUGGGUUAUGUUGUGGGGUCA